AAUCCACUCCAUUCUGUUUCCAAAGUGCACUAGCCUUUUAUGUUCCUGCUAUAUUAAACAUUUUUCAAUAAUGCUCAAAAACAAUGUCCACGGCCUCUAAGGUGGUCCUGGGGUUGUCAAUAGUGCUCACUAUCAGCACCGUCGCAGGAGUUCAUAUCAAGCAGAACUGGGACAGGCAGAGGCUGCGCGAGGGAGUUCGCGCAGAGCGCAAGCGCGAGAACCUGCGCGCUCUCGACGAGCAGAUCCAGCUGACCAGACAGCUCGUGAGCGAGCGCGACGGACGAGAGGCUGAAAGCGCGCCACCACACAAUUCAUAAACAGACUAG